UAUUAACAUGUAUAACAUUUGUAUAAUAACAUCUAUACUGCCUGUACUCACUCUGCUGAUGUUGUCCACCUGGUAACAGGUGAUGGCGAUGAUGACACCGGUCAUGUGACCUUUUUACACCAGCUCUCAGCCACUCUUGUCAGGUGAACACAGCGGCAUGGCUCCAUCCUUCCACAGCGUCUCCCUCCUCUUCAUUUUUCUCCACGCAGCAGGUGGAUUCAUGGAGUUUGUGAAGGAUCAAUGUGUCUUUAACUCCACGGACCUGAAGGGCAUCGAGUUCAUCAGAUCUACUUACUUCAACAAGUUACAAUACACAAAGUUCAGCAGCUCAGUGGGGAAGUUUGUCGGGUUCACUGAACAAGGUAUGAAGAACGCUGCAGCCUCGAACAACAACAAUAUGUAUAUGGCCAGCAUAAGAGCAGCGAAGGAGACCAUCUGUCAACCCAACAUCCAGCGUAUGUACGACAAUAUUCUGACUAAGUCGGCUCAGCCCUACGUCAGGCUGCACUCUGAGACCCCCCUUGGUGGUAGAACUUCGUCCAUGUUGGUCUGCAGCGUCUAUGACUUCUACCCCCAGAAUAUCAUAGUGAGGUGGACCAGAGACGGACGGCCAGAGGCCACCGGUGUCUCUUCUACCGACGAGCUGGCAGACGGGGAUUGGUACUACCAGACCCACUCCUACCUGGAGUACACCCCCAGGUCCGGAGAGAAGAUCGCUUGUGUGGUGGAGCACAUCAGCCUGAGUAAACCUCUGGUUACCGACUGGGACCCGUCCAUGCCCGAGUCUGAGAGGAACAAGAUCGCCAUCGGAGGCUCAGGACUGAUCCUGGGUCUGACCUUGUCUCUGGCUGGAUUCAUCUACUAUAAGAGGAAAGGCAGAGGACGAAUCCUGGUUCCCAGUUACUGAACACAGUUGGUUCUGGUCUUGCUGCUCGAAAGAUCGUCUGGACUCGGAUACUCGCGUGUGUAAAAGCAGGACUGGAUCAGUGCCGGAUCAGAUGCUGGAUGUGAACUUUGCUUCUUCUACGUGUGAUUCACAGCUUUUCUAUAUGAAAUCAGUGUAAACGACUCAAUAACUGCUUUAAGUCAGAUGUAAUCCAGUUAUCUGAAUGAUUUGGGGCUCGUAGGUUGUGUGAUUGUUAGAUUCAUAUAUUUUUACUGGAGUGAAACGUUUUCUAAACACAAUAAACAACCAAACUCUGUGUGUUA